AAAUGCUGUUUAAAAGUUAUUUAAAUAUUUGUGUAAGAAUUUAAAAAUGGCAUCAUCAUCAUCACAACAAGUAAACCAAUCAAACGCAAACAUAUAUACAACAUCAACUGGUCAUCCAAUAUCACUUGUAGGUACAAUGGGUAUUGUUCAAACUGGGCAGCGUUUACCUCAAAGUAUCAACAUUCUACAAAAUCAGUUAACACCACAACAGAUUGCUGCAAUUCAACAGCAUCAAAGAUCAUCUCCUCAACAUCAACUUGGUAAUGUUCGACCUGGCAUUGUAAACUUUAUGGGAAAUCAGAGUAUUUCUUUGCAAAAUGUACAAGUAUUAGGAUCUAUGGGUAGACAGCCUGAUGGAAUGGGUAAUGUACCUAUUAGUAUUAUAACAUCUGGAGGUCAAACUUAUGCAGUUGCUUCUAAUUUGCAUACAGGAAUGUAUUCACAAGGAGCUACAGCUAUGCAGAUCCGCCCUAUUGCUCCUAAUGCUGCUGCCGUAGUUCAAGCUAAUAGCUUAUCACUCCAACAGAUCCGUACCAAUGUACCACGUAUUGCUACUGCUGGUACACCUUCAGUUAGUAACUUUCCGUCAUCACCUGUAAACAAGACCGUUCAACAAAUUAGUUUAACGGUUCCUCUGCAACAACGAACUUCACCAGCUAAUACAUCAAGUACCCAAGUCCUUACAAAGCGUAAACUUCAAGAUCUCCUCAAUGAAAUUGAUCCAACAGAAACAAUGGAUGAAGAUGUUGAAGAAACGCUUCUACAGUUAGCUGACGAUUUUAUCGAAAAUGUAAUUAAUUCGUCGUGUCAAAUUGCAAAGCACAGAAAGUCUACAACUUUAGAAGUGAAAGACAUGCAGCUGCAUUUAGAUCGUAACUGGAACAUGUGGAUUCCUGGAUUUGGAAGUGAAGAUCUUCGUCCAUACAAAAAGCUACCUUCUACUGAAGCUCAUAGACAGCGAAUGGCGUUAAUCAAGAAGGCGAUGAAAAAAUGAGAGUCAAGUAGGCAAUGAAAAAAAACGAAGUUUAUUAGUUUGUAAAUAGUUUUAUGAAUAAAAAUUAAAAUUUUAA